AUGACGAUGGCGAACUCGAACAGGAACGAGAAGCUCCUCGCGUUCAUCGCCGGGCUGAGCCCGCAGCAGAUCCUCGACCUCCUCCCCGAGAACGUCGUCAGCGGUCUUUCCGCUCUCCUCUCCCAACAUCCUGCUGGCCAGGAUGGAACCUUUCAAUUCCAAGGACCUGUCACCGUCGUCAAUGGCAGGUCUUCGUCGGGCAGCACUCUCGGUUCUUCCUCGCCUCUUGGCUCCGGCCUGAGUCCUGAGGGUGCGUCGGGUGAUGAGCCUGAGGUGAAAGUAGAGAAGGCGAAGAGGCCUUUGAAUGCCUUUAUCGCCUUUCGAAGCUAUUACAAGACCAUUUUCCUCAAGUCCCCUCAGAAGGAAGUCUCUUCGUACAUCACAGUCCUCUGGGCCGGUGAACACUUCCGCAACAAAUGGGCUCUCAUCGCCAAGGUGUACUCCUUCGUACGCGACGAGGUCGGCAAGGACAACGCCAACGUCGCUGACUUCCUGGCGAUUGCCUGCCCCAUUAUGCUGAUCGUACCUCCCGAGUCCUAUCUCCAUGCGCUCGGUUGGGUCCAGGCUCGCGACUCCUCGGGACACGCCUACAUCACGCAGGAUCGGAACACUGCGCAGGCGUUCAUCACGGCUAUCGAGAACCAGCCCAGCCCCGCGACGGAGCUCGAUCUCCUUGUCCAGUGCACGCAGGCUGGAUACAUGGCACAGUGCUCUGACGUACUCAUUGAGAAGCUUGCGAACAAGCUCAAUACUAUCAUGUCGCCCAACGUCGUGUCUUCGGCCAAUAGCGACCAGGAUAUGAUUCUCAAUGGUGGCCAAUUCUUUCCGAACGGCAUAGAUAACAACAUGAGUAUGAAAGCCGCGCUUCUCAGCCCCGCUACGACGGAUAUACAGAUGGAAAACAUGGAAGCUUUUGUCGAUUAG